UCGCGAGAGCGAGGUGGGGUUUCACUGAAUAUCCAAUAUGGCGACUACCGAUGAAAGUUGAUUACACAUUUAGAAAAAAGGAUUUUGUUGGAUUAUAUGAUGAUGGCUGAAGUAGACACUCUGGGUUUGCAAGUGCCAGAGGAUGUAAGGCUCAAGUUGGCCGAGCUUGAGUUGGAACUUUCGGAAGGGGACAUAACUCAGAAGGGCUAUGAGAAGAAGCGCCAGAGACUGUUACAGCCUUACUCACGGGCCCAGCCAGCAAAAGAGGUUCCGAGCCCGAGUGAGCCCAGUCCGCAGACCUCAGCCCAGAGGCGUGCGCAGCGCAGGCUGACCCGGGAGGACAACAGAUACCACUCAGAGAUCCGCACUGAGGCCGUCAUGCAGGCGCUGGCCCAACACAACAAAAAGAUCCCUGUGAUGCCUCUGCCAUCCAAGCGCACCUCUGUGAAUUACCACGGUCAGCAAAAACCUAGAGACAGUCGCCAAGAUUCCUCCUCGGAUGAUGACAGCGUAUACGACGAAGAUGCCGCCAGUCGGAAUUUCCACCGUGGGGCUCGAGCCCGGGAUAGCGGAGCAAGCUCCUCCUCGUCCUUCUCAGACGUCGGUGCAUCUCCGCGGCAACACUCUGAUCGUGGCGAGAGACCACACAGCGCCGCCUACGUCAAGUAUCAGAUCCCCGGGAACACGUCGAGGCAGGCCCUCGCUGAUGUGAUGCAGAGCUCCAGACUUUCACAGCACAUUUCGCAGCCUCCUGACGUCACCAACAACGCCAAGAGCAGUCGCCAUGCCGACCGUGUGGGGCGGGGCGUGCCGUCUGUCCGUGUGGCAGGCAACGUAGGCAUGGACGGGGACACAGACUCUCCCAGAAAUCAGGGCAAAGUUGCAGCCAAGAUACAGCAGCUGAUGAACACAUUAAAGAGACCUAAAAGAAAACCAUUGCCCGAGUAUUUCCAAGAUGACGACCAUGCUUUGGAAGCCCCUCCAGCAGAUCCCAAUGCACCAAAACCAGAGGGCAGCACACUGACACCAGUGGCAGGGGACCAGCUUGUGGUGCCCUCUGGGUUGCCACGGAAUUUGGAGGCUGCACUCCACCGAUAUGGAUCCUCAACCUACAAGGCUCUUGCAGUGACUGUCCUGGAUCAGAAUGGAAAACCCACCGUCAAUCUCACAUAUGGCAAACUGUUGAGUAAAACGUUAAAGGUUGCCUACCACCUCCUAAACAAGGUUGGAACCAAGGGGGGAGAAUCACCCAUCAAACCAGGGGACAGGGUGGCUUUGGUUUACCCAAACAACGACCCAAUAUCUUUCAUCAUUGGUUUCUAUGGCUGCGUAAUGGCGGCUGUGGUUCCAGUACCAGUGGAGGUACCAACUUCCAGACGGGACGCUGGAGGCCAGGGUGUGGGUUUCAUGCUGGGCAGUCUCAAUGUGAACCACGCUCUCACCUCAGAGGCGUGUCUCAAGGGUCUGGCCAAGACUGCCAGUGGGGAGAUCGUACAGUUCAAAGGUUGGCCUCGUCUUGCCUGGCUGUCCACAGACAGCAUGUCCAAGAUGCCCAAAGACUGGCAGCCACCUCCAAAAGCCUCCGAGGACGUACCGUGUUACGUAGAGGUCAAGGAGAUACAGAGUCGCUCGGAUACGUACACGACAGGGAAGGAUGGUAGUACGGUGGGUGUCACUGUUACCCGUAAUGGCGCCCUGGGACACUGUCGCACCCUCACUGUGGCCUGCAAUUAUACAGAGGGAGAGGUGAUGGUGUGUGUGCUGGAUUUCAAAAGAGACGUAGGGCUGUGGCAUGGCAUUUUAUGUAGUGUGUUUAACGGCAUGCAUGUGAUAUUUAUUCCGUACUCCCUCAUGAAGGUGGAUCCUGCCUCGUGGAUGAAAAUGAUUACAAAAUACAAAGCUGCAGUAGGGGUGGUGAAGUCCCGGGACAUGCACUGGGGCCUGCUGGCACAGAAAGACCACAAGGAUGUCAACUUUAGCUCCCUGAGGUUUCUUCUAGUGGCCGAUGGGGCCAACCCUUGGUCUCUGACCUCGUGUGAUGCAUUCCUCAACGCGUUCCAGUCAAAAGGUUUGAAGCCAGAGUCUAUAUGUCCCUGUGCUAGUUCAUCAGAGGCCCUCACUGUCUCAGUGCGCAGGCCGGGUAGAACCAGUUCCAGUGCCACAGGGCGGGGCAUCCUGUCCAUGCAGGGUUUGAGUCACGGGGUAGUCAGGGUGGAUACAGAGAACAGCCUGACCUCUCUAACCUUACAGGACUGUGGGCAGGUCAUGCCUGGAGCGGUGAUGGUGGUGGUGAAGGUGGAUGGACCGACCUACUUGUGUAAGACAGACGAGGUCGGUGAACUGUGUGUCUACUCCAACUACACUGGCGUGAAAUACUGGGGCCUACAGGGCAUCACCUCUAAUACAUUCCAGGUGCAGCCAUUGAAUGGUGAUGGUCAGCUAGCUGGGGACCGGUUGUACGUGCGGACAGGCCUUCUGGGAUUCCUGGGACCAGGAGGUCUGGUAUUUGUGUGCGGCAGCAAGGAAGGACUGAUGCAGAUCUCCAACAGACGCCACAACACAGACGAUAUCAUCGCCACGGUGCUCGCUGUGGAACCCAUGAAGUUUAUCUACCGAGGACGGAUAGCAGUGUUCUCCAUAGAAGUCUUGAAGGAUGAGCGGAUAGUGAUCAUAGCAGAGCAGAGGCCGGACUGCCCGGAGGAGGAGAGUUUCCAGUGGAUGUCCCGCGUGUUACAGGCCGUAGAUAGCAUACACCAAGUGGGGGUGUACUGUCUGGCCUUGGUCCCUCCCAACUACUUGCCAAAGACGCCCCUGGGUGGUAUCCACCUGCACGAGACUCGCAAGAAGUUCCUGGACGGCUCCCUGCAUCCCGCCAAUGUGUUAAUGUGCCCGCACACCUGUGUCACCAACCUGCCUAAGCCUCGGGAGCACAGGCCGGACAGGGACGUCACGCCUAGCGCGGUGCAUGUCGGGAAUAUUGUGCAAGGGGCCCGUAUGGCUUGGGCUCAGGGGAGGGAACUGAGUAUGGCUGACGAGGAGGGAGACGGGUCUAAGAAACACCAGUUCUUGACAGAGAUACUCAAGUAUCGUGCACAGACAACUCCGGACCACAAUCUGUUUACUUUGCUCAACUCUAAGCAUGGUCAGUCAGGCAAAGCCUGGCCUCCCCAGGUUCAAGUCCAGCUGUCAAUAACUUGUUCCCAGCUUCACAAGCGCGCUGAGCGUAUCGGCUGCCUUCUCAUGGAGAAGGGCCGGCUGAACAGCGGCGCUCACGUUGCCCUUCUCUACCCACCAGGGAUUGAACUCAUAGCCGCCUUCUACGGAUGUCUGUAUGUAGGCUGCGUCCCAGUGACGAUACGACCGCCCCACCCUCAGAAUGUUAGCACCACCCUCCCCACCGUGAAGAUGAUAGUAGAGGUGUCCAAGUCUGCGGCCAUACUAACCAACGCCAACAUAGUCAAACUACUCAGGGCUAAGGAGGCUAUAGCAGUGGUUGACCCCAAGGCGUGGCCGCCCGUGCUCGACUCUGACGACCUUCCCAAGAAGAAGUUGACCGCUGUUUACAAGGCCCCCACACCUGAGAUGCUGUGCUAUCUGGACUUCAGUGUCUCCACCACUGGCAUGCUUGCUGGGGUCAAGAUGUCUCAUGCUGCGGCCACAGCACUGUGUCGCUGUAUCAAGCUGCAGUGUGAGUUCUACCUGAGCAGAGAGGCCUGUCUGUGUCUGGAUCCAUACAGCGGACUGGGAUUUGCCUUGUGGAGUUUAGCUAGCAUCUACUCUGGUCACCACUCCAUCCUGGUACCGCCAUCAGAAGUAGAGGCCAACCCUGCAGUGUGGCUAACUGCUGUCAGCCAAUACAAAGUGCGAGACACUUUCUGCUCGUACGGAGUUAUGGACCUUUGUACAAGGGGACUGGGUACAUCCACUGCCACUCUUAAGGCCAAGGGUUUGAACCUCUCCUGCGUGCGGAUCUGCUGCGUUAUUGCAGAGGAGCGGCCACGUAUCCAGCUGACCUCCUCGUUUACGAAGCUGUUCGGUGACCUUGGUCUGUCGUAUCGGGCUGUAAGCACCAGCUUCGGAUGUAGAGUGAACAUCGGGAUAUCCUUCCCUGUAGGUGGUGCAGCGUGUCCAGACCCUACAACAGUAUUCGUGGAUCUGAGGGCACUACGUAACGACAGGGUGACACUCGUGGAAAAAGGAAGUCCACAUAGCCUGUGUCUCAUGGAGUCUGGAAAGCUGUUGCCAGGGGUGAAGGUUGCCAUAGCGAACCCAGAGACGCGGGGUCAGUGUGCAGACUCCCACCUGGGAGAGAUCUGGGUUAGCAGUCCACACAAUGCCAACGGUUACUUCACGAUAUACGGGGAUGAGUCCCUACAUCCGGACCACUUCGAUGCCCGCCUGGCCACGGGCGACACCCAGUCCUCAUACGCGCGCACAGGCUACCUGGGCUUCGUGCGGCGCACCGAGCUCACUCAGAGCGACGGAGGUCGCCAUGACGCCCUGUUUGUGGUCGGUUCCCUGGAUGAGACAGUCAUGCUACGGGGCAUGAGGUUCCACCCCAUCGACAUAGAGACCAGUGUACUGAGAUCUCACCGCAAGAUCUGUGAAUGUGCUGUGUUCACCUGGACCAACCUGCUGGUGGUGGUCGUGGAACUGGACGGCAACGAAAAUGAGGCUCUUGACCUGGUUCCCUUGGUAACGAAUGCAGUCGUAGAGGAACACUACCUGAUAGUGGGGGUGGUGGUGGUGGUUGAUCCAGGCGUGAUACCAAUUAACUCCCGUGGGGAGAAACAAAGGAUGCACCUAAGGGACGGAUUCCUUGCUGAUCAGCUUGACCCGAUUUACGUGGCCUAUAAUAUGUGACAUUGAAGGGUGGGAGGCUGGUAAACGACCAACAGAGGGGUGGGGCUUGGGUUUUAAGAUCCGUGUUUCGAAAGUGGAGGGGCUUGUUUGUGACAGAUUCCUUGUGAUAACCUUGACCCUAUUUAUUUGGCAUAUAAUAUUUGACACUGUAGGAAGGAAGGGUGGUUUAUGGGCAACAAGGGUCAGGUUACAAAAGUGGUGGGGUUUAGGGUUUUUAGGAUCAGCGUGGGCAGCUUUGUUUGACAACUGGGGAGGGGCUUGUUUGUGGAUAGGAAAUCAUGGUAGUGACUCUAAAACUUAUUUUAAUCAUUGAAUGAACUGACAAUUGGCAUUGGCUCUUUUGCUGUGGAGGGACAAAUCAGCUGGUGGCAAUUGGAAAUUAGAAAGGACAGUUUGUAAUUAACUGUAAGAAAGAAAUUAGGUGAGUUUUACAAUGUACUUAACUGGUGACUCGGACAGUUUUAUAAAGAUACUGUUUAAGUGAGAGAAGCUGUUGUUGUGGAAGUGUUACAGUGCCACAGUGCUGCGGUGCUCCUUCGUCUGACUUUUUGAAAAGACCUCCUGUUGUUGCAUCAGUAAAUCGCUAAUGUGGAAAUUCAACCAACUCUUCUGUUAAGGUGUAGACUUUGAGUUAUAUCACUUGCAUCUCUUGUCAUAGCGAAUUUUAGAUAUCCCACUAUGUUUAGUGUUGGGCAAUCAUAUUUGGUAUUGACUUUGCGGCAUGCAGUAUAGCGUCUAGCUGUAGUUAUUGCCCACAGGAGACAAUAUAGAGGUUCUGUAUCGUAUUUAUGUUAAACUGAAUUUUAUAUCACAGAUUUUUGUACAUUGUUCUGUAGAGAAAGUUUUAAUGCUAGGAAUAUUAUUUAAAUUUGCUGUAUAUGUUUGUCCCCAAAUACACAUAAUCAGUAAAGAAAAUGUGUCAUCAAUAUGUCUGUGCAAACUUUUGACAUUUUCAACAGAUGUUAAUCUUUUUAUUAAAUCACAAAGUGAGAUGAAACAAAUAUGAAAAACAUCAUGGAUAUUUUUCUUUUACAAAACACAAUACUAAACCAUUUUCAAGCUAAUAUGGCUAGGAAAUCUAUCAGAAUGAUCAAUAAAGCUUAAUGUAAUAAAUUAAAUGAAUUUUUGAAGUUCAAGAUCAAAAUGAUGUGUGAUUUACCUUUCACCAUGUAAUAAACCUGAUUGGUAAUGAAAUAUUAUGUGCAUUCUAAAUUUAAGGAAGAUAAUUUUUAAAGAUUAUUAUAUUGAUACCUCAUGUUGAUCAAACCAUAAACAACAUAUGAGAUCUGAAUAUUCAGGUAAUUGUAUUAUGAGUUACCAUGGUAAUAAUAAUAUUUAACAUAUGUGUUAAAUAACAUUCAAAAUGUAUGAACGAUCUGAGUUAUUGUGAUGGAAAUUUACGAAGAGAAUGUCCUUGUGAGGUAUAAUAAUAUCUGUCGUGCCACAGUAUUAGAUUCAUAGUACAAAAAAAUAUGCUUGUGCAACUCUCACACAUUUGUAAUAAUAAUCAUGGUAAUGCUUGUACAAUGUACAACCUAUUUAUGUUGUAUUUGGCUGCUUGCACACUGGAUUUCAUAAAGACCAUGCCAUUCAAAGAAGCUAGUAUCAUUCUAUGACAUGAAUGUCAAGGUGUCUUUUUUUCCGUGUUAUUCUGUUAUUUAUCUUAGAAACAUGUAUGUAAAUAAAAUCAUAUUAAGCAAUUGUAUACUAUAAUGCAAAAUAAGUCUGCAUUCAUACAUUUCAAAUGCAAGAUGUUGAUUAACUGUUUGAAGUGCUUGAACUUGAUGCUAAAAAUAACAUUAAAAUUCCAUGACACAAAAGUGAUGUGCCAAUUGAAGCAAUGUAAUCAGUGAAUGCCUAUUGGUGCUUUUGGUCAGUAAAUAUGUUAAGCUGUAGGAUCAAAAUAAGUAAAAAGGUCACCGUGGUUUAAUGGACAUGGUGUUCGCCUAGAGACCGGAAGGUCACGGGAUCGAUUCCCACUGAGGGAGCAAUCUUUAGAUCUCCCUAAAGGUAAUAAGCAGGUAUUUAGGUAUAAAUGGGAAAGGGAAUCCAACAUUUUAUAUGAAGCCAGUUAUAUUAAGUGAUAUGUUUUAUACAAACAAUGUCUCAACUUUAAAGGUAUUCUUUUCACAAGGAUGUAGUUAUUUGAUGGUCAUUGCUUAUUUAUGCUGCUGUAAAUUAUGAACAAUUUAAAUACAUGUAUAUAGUCACUUAACCUUUGUAUUAAGAGUAUAUGGAUUUAGUAUGAAACUAUAAAAAUGUUAAGUAAAUACAACAGUUUCCCACUCAACCCACUAUAUUAUACAUGUUAUGCUGUCCCACCUUUUUGAUGCACUUAUAGAUGCUCCAUUUUUCAUGGUAAAAGUAGAUUUAUUUUCACAAGAUGGGAAAUGUGUGAAGUUAUGAGUAUUUUUUUCUGGCAUGUAGUCUUUUUAACCCUACGGAGUAAUGUUUGAAGGGAAAAAAUAUGUAUAAAUGAUUAUAAUCAAGUAAACACACAAUGGUUGAAGAUUGCUGCAACUAAUUGGUGGUAUCUCACUUUAAUAACACAAUCAAAAUUGUGAAUUAAUGUAUUACUAAAUGGUCAUAAGAAUUCUAUAACAUUGGCUAAAGUUUGGUUUUGCUUGAUUCUGUCUUUUUUCCAUACAUGUAUGUUAUUGACUAUAUUUUGUUGUUGACACUUGUGCAAUAUUUUUCUCAGUUUUGUUUCAAGUUGUGUUAAAGGAGAUUUUUUCAUUUUUGUUCAACAGUUGGUGCAGUGAUAGUGAAAGUCUGGCUAUGUUUACAUUUUCAUAUUAAAUAAAUGAAACUCUGGAAACAUUUGAAGGACAAAUAUUCCAGUUACCAUCAAGUAGUCUUUUAUUUAAAACAAGUGACCGGUUGCUUGUUCAAUACAGGAUAAACACAUAUUGAAUGUGUUAGACUUGAAUUACAUGUUUGCUUUCGCUACUUAUUUUAUAAGAAAACUGAAUUUGUUAACUUUUUUUUUUCAAAACGACUGCAUUUGUUUUCAUAAGGUUUUGCUAAAAGAGACCCCUUUUGUAGUCAACGCUAGCUUUUGUGAUAAAACAGAAUACUGGAUUCUUUAAAUUGUUGUCAUAAUAUUAUUUUAUCAAGUCGUGGUCAUAAUUGUCAUAAUAUUAUUUUAUCAAGUCGUGGUCAUAAGUUCUAUAAAGCUUAAAUAUUAUUUUUUUUAAACUGCUACCAUCUGCCACAACAAUAGGCACUGUCUCUAGUUGCUGGAAUUGAAACUGUAUCCAAGUAUCAUUGAACCAGUUAGAAACUUAGCUGUUGUUUAUUCUUUCCACAAUGUUUCUUAUACUAGUGUCAGUGGCCUACCUAUGUGUAUUGUUUUUGUUGUUUUAACCUCAUUUGAUAAUCAAUUUGUCCCCAUUUUUUCUUGAACUUGAUUUUCCAAUGGAAGUCUUUAUACAAAUGUAAAAAGUAGAUCUGAUUAUGUACAUAAAUAUGUGGUGCAAAUUGUGUCUUUUAUAACCUUUUUUCCCUCUAUCUCAUUUGAAUAAAAUCAUGAUUACCACUCUUGAAGUGAGUUAAGAUGAUGUUAACGAGAUUGAAUUGUUACUGUCAGAGCAGUAUAAUACAUUGCACUGUAGAUAAAGACAUUCAGUUCUUUGUAUGAUAUAUAGAGAAUAAUAGGUUAGUGUUGAUUAUAGAUCAGGUUUAUCAUGCGAGGCUUAGAAAACAAAAAGCAAGAGCCUUGGCGAGUGCUUUUUCGUUUUCGUGCCGAGCAUGAUAAACCUGAUCUAUAAUCAACACUAACCUAUUAUUCUAUUUAUCCCACUUUUUAUUUUGUAAACCUUUUUGUUUAAACAAAAUUAGUUUGACUGGAUAAUUUCGCUGGAUUUAUGACGUCAUUUCAUCGAAAUAUUGACGUCAUUUCCUGCCGUUGAUUAUAGAUGAUAUUUAAUCAACGGGGCUUUAAUCAACCAAAUUCGCUGUAAAAGUGGGAUAAAAGUAUUUAGGUUUCCACCAGUGUUUUUGUAUUUUUAAAUGAUUUGUUUUGUUGGCAUAAUUAUUAGAGACAUUCUAGUCGUUUGAUACCUUCAAUGAAGAUUGCUUUACAAAACAAUAUACGAUGUUCCACACUUAUCGAAAAGGUGACUUAAUGCAUGUGCAUAAAGUGUAGUUCCAUAGUAGCCUGUGCAGUCCACAAAGGCUAAUCAGGGACGACACUUUCGGUCUGGACUAGAUUAUAGUUAAGAAGAGACUCCCAUUGCCAUUAACAAAGUGAAAAUGACUAUGUGCAAACAGCAUAAAACCAGAACAGCCUGCGAGUAACUGGCAGCCUGUACAGGUUUUAUGCUGUUUGCUGCUCAUCAAUAUCUAAGGGUUGGAAAUGAAGCCUCUAAAAUGUGAUAUUAGUAAGAACAGUCUUAAAUUUAACUUUCUAAGGGACAACAAAUGUGUAAAAAUACUUAAUCUAAGUGGUAAGGGUUAAAUGAAAAAUACCAUUAAAUGGAAAAGUGUGGUCGAAGAUUAGCACAUACAUUAAGCCUUGUUUUCCAGGUGUUGUCCCAGAUUAGCACAUACAUUAAGCCUUGUUUUCCAGGUGUUGUCCCAGAUUAGCACAUGCAUUAAGCCUUGUUUUCCAGGUGUUGUCCCAGAUUAGCACAUACAUUAAGCCUUGUUUUCCAGGUGUUGUCCCAGAUUAGCACAUACAUUAAGCCUUGUUUUCCAGGGGUCUAACCCUAACCCUAACCCUGUCCCAGAUUAGCACAUCUUGUUUUCCAGGGGUCAGGCUCAAAUUCUUGCUCUUAUGAUUUGAUAGGCAUUUAUUAAAUGGUCUAUGUUACAUUUAGUGUAAAUAAAAAAUUGAUAAGUAUUAAUGAAUAUCAGUAAAGAUUCCAAAUAGUUUGAACAAGCUAUUUGAACUUAAAUCUAGGAACACAUUCGUUAAUAUGGCCUGGCUUUUGGAGGACUCAGUUUAAUUGUUUAUGCCUUGAUAAUUUGAGACUGAAGAUUCUUUUCAACAUUAUCAUGCAUUUCAUGUAUGAUAAGAAACACACAUUUUAAAAGGAUAUAGCUGUCAAAACUCUUGCAAAAUAUAAAUGGUUUAUUAAAAAUUUAUUUCAGAUUGUAUAGUUCAUAUUCGUUUCAACAAAAACAUUUUUAUUGCAUAUUAAAAAAACGGACACUUAUAUUUUUAAGUUUAUGUUGCAAAAAUUGUUUUGUGAAGAAGCUGGUAUAUGUUUUGUAUCAAAAGGAAAGGUGUUUCUAGACCUAUUUGUGUUUCAAUAUAUGCCAGGUACUUUUGGUAUCAAACAGUAAUUGUUUUGAAAAGUUUAAGUACACUAAUCGAGUGAAUGAAUAAUUUAUUUAUAUAUGUACUAUUUUCUAUGAGUAUAUCGAUGUAUAUUGCCGUGAUCUACUCAUUAAACAUUGAAAUGUG